ACUCCAGCAUGGCUACGGUGCUGUCCCGGGCGCUGAAGCUGCCGGGAAAGAAGAGCCCGGAUCUUGGAGAGUACGAUCCUCUCACGCAGGCCGAUAGUGAUGAAAGCGAAGAUGACCUCGUACUCAACAUACAGAAAAAUGGGGGCGUCAAGAAUGGGAAGAGCCCCCCUGAGGAGAUGCAGGACCCCGACUCCGACGUGGAGGUUGGGAUGACGAAGCAACACACGUCAGAACGUGCACCCGAGGGUUAUCCUGCAGAGGCGGCUGGCAGCUUGGAGCAGAAGGCUGCUCCCUCCCUCAUGCCAUACCUGCGCACAGCGGUCUUUUUGCUCACCGUGGUGAUCUCGAUGAUUCUUGUGUUGGUGUGCGCGUUUCUAAUUCCCUGUCCCCCUAGGGACUUGCAUAACACCUGGAACCACAACCUAGGUCAGGGAGCAGGUGGCGUGUUAUCCCCACUGGAGCUGUGUGAUGUGAAUGGUGAUGGGCUUCCUGACAUCCUCAUUGUCUUCACAGCCCUGAUGAACGCCAGUGUCAUGGGUGUCUCUACGCCCUCCGUGACAGUGGUGGCCCUUUCUGGUAUGAAUGGCAGCACCUUAUGGUCCAUCCAGCUUCCAGAAGAGACUCGGAGUGUGCAAUGCAAAGGGCUGUCACUGGGGUCACCAGCAGAGCCCAUCUGCCUUGUGACAGGAACAGCUAAAUUUCUCAGCCUUCUUAGUGCUUCCACAGGCAAGACCAUCUGGACACUGAACUCCAUUCACCUUUCAGAUGGGAUUUUGGCUGCUCCGGCUGCAACUCUUCCAGACGUAGAUGGAGAUGGGAUUAGGGAUAUUGUUGUUCUGGCCCUCAAAGAAACACAGCCUGAUGUGUUUUUCGUCUUGGUGUCAGGAAAGACUGGGGCUGCUUUGGGUGGGCCUGUGAAGUACAAUGUCAUUGGAGAAGGAAAAGUAAUUGGCCCUCAAGUCCAUAUCACCAGCCGGGGAGCCAUCUACAUCUUGUUUGGUUUUGGUAAUGUUCAAGCAAUUGCCCUGAGGGAUAUCUUUACCCAAGCCAGAAACCGGGACAGCUUUCCUAUGAUGCUGCAUCAGGAGGAGCCAGAGUGGGAAAAGCGCAGAUCUGUAAACCUGUCAGAGCUCAUUGACAUUUACAGUGGGGGUGUUGACUUCCUGCAGACGAUAAAGGCACCUGACACAAACUGCAGCAACCUGCUCAUCACCACCAAAGAGGGCUUGAUCCUACUGCAGGGACAGGACCUGGAGCCCCGCUGGACCUUGGAAAUUCAGAACAUCAGCAGCCAGCCUGUGCUGGGGUACUUCAGUGCUGAUCAAACCCUGGACUUCAUGCUGCAAGCACAGACCGGAAAUGGGAAGAAAAAGGUGGUGGUGGUAGAUGGCAAAUCUGGCCUCCCUGUUUGGAAGCAGGAGCUCCCGUGGCAGAAACAGCAACUUGAUGCACUAUCAGUCAUGACUUUGGACAAGAAAUCUGUUUUUCUCUUCUGGGCUGAUGAAGCACAGCCUGUGCUACACAGUUUGCAUCCUGGUCCCAGAUCUGAGCGCCCAGGGCUGCACCACCUUUAUCUCCUCCAUCCUGUUUUCCCUACAGUCCUUUUGGACCUCACCAAUGCAACAGACAAAGUCAUUGCUUCAGCAGUUGGAAUUAAUGAUCUCCAGAAGGAUGCAUUUCACAUCACUGUGACAACAACUGCAACGUCUGAAAAACAGCCAGGAUUUCUCUCAGUCAGCAAGCUGGGCUUGAAAUGGGCCAUGAUGACACAGGGUCGAAUGGUGUGGCUAAAGGACACCACCACUCCCAAAAUCAGCCGUGGAGAAGUGAGGCGAUUUCUUGCUCGGCUGAAAUUUGUUGACUUUCCUCACAAGCUCUAGCCCAGUAGUUCCUGAGAUUUUGACAGGACCUAUGACCUGCAUGGGGAAUAGAGGAAGCUGCUCAGGGGACAUUCAGGAAAACUGCUGUGUAGAGGGAGUGGGAGCUAAAAGCACUUCCCCUUUCUUCAGCUAUCUGGGGCAUAUUGCUGGAAGCUGGUUUAUCCUUGGCAGAUCUGUCCUGCAUCAGAUGAACCUUGUUCAGCAUCUCCCCAUCCAUAUGCUGUUCUUGCAUGCUUCCUUCCAGGUAACAUGGAAAUGUGAAUUUAGAGCUUGCACACACACACACACACACACACACACAAGUUAUAUAUAUGUAUCAAUUUAUACAAUAUAUGUAUAUUUUUUAUAUGUUUAAUUUAUGAACAGAUUUAGGACACUCCUUUUUAUGUCCAAACAGUAUUCCCAGGCAGACAAACAAGCUCAAGGCCUAUGGUGGGCUAUGAUAACUAUGGGCAAAUGAUGUGGGUAAAGAACACCAUCUGCUUUAAUCUUCAUAUUUUUUGAGAGAAGCCUUUGUCUGGCUUCUGCCAGGCAAGUCUUGUCUACAGCCUUUUUUAUUCUCUCAGCCCUUUUCUCCAUCUUGUUGUCAAACUCACAAACAAACUAGCUCUCUGGCUGAAGUACCUGAUAGAAAAUGGCUGCAAGAACAUUUUUCAGCAUUUGCACUUAUAUGUUUCUUUUCCCAGAUCCAAGUCCAAAACAGGUUCUUGUGGUUGACCAACAUAGAAGCAAAAGGUUCACAUCUCAUUUCUACCUCUUAUUCAUCCAUCCUUAAGCUCUGUAUGAACCCGAAGUGUCAUUGUAGCAUCAUGUUGCAGUUCAUUGGACUGAGUUCCCCUUUGAAAAGCAUUGCAGCCCCUUUGGAAGAGGCUCUCAGCAGGUCCCUACUGGCACUGUAAAGAUCACUGGACUAUAGAUAGAGUUGUAGAGAAGCUUAUUAUCACACAACUGCUUCAGGGUUUAGAGGCUCAAGACAAGAGGUAGGGAUGGAAAGCUUGUCUGUGCAUGUGACCCCUGUUCUGGGCUUAACUUGACCAUUGCCCUGACAGCCCAGCUUUAUCUGCAGUUCCAGGAGGAAUGGACUGCCCCUGAGGCCCAUUGAUUUGCUCUCAAUACAUUUAGUUCUUUGAACUGUGCCUGUGAGCGUGCUGUCGGACUCCUGUGUUGUAGUUGCAGAGCAUCUACAUGAAGUUGCCUGCAAUAAAGUAACUAUAUAUAAACCGACAACUUUGCUGCUGUGGCAACUCCUCACAGUACAGCGAAGCAACAUGUUACCUGUUUUCUCAGUAUGCUUUUCUAGAUCUGACCUUUGACAUUAUGCAGAGCCAGGCUGAGGUGAGAAUUGCAGAUGGCUCUUCUGUCCUCCUGCUGACAUGUACCCUUCCUGUUCUGCUGCAUUUCCCUCUGAGUAGCAAGGUGAUGGCAGCAUUUUGAUGCUUACAUCAAGGAUGGACGCAUGGGUUUGCUCUCCUGGGCUCUCGACACCUCAUCUUGCUACGUCACCCUUUCUUCUCUCUCCCUGCAUCUCUAUAUAAAGCUUCCAGGACAGCUUUCAGUAUAGCUCUUCAGGAUUAGCUGCAAGCCCCAAAGCUGGCCUUUGGGCCCUUCUCUCCUAAUAUCAGACCCUGAGAACAGUUUGUAUAUGUUUAAUGGUAUUUUUGUGUAAAUAGCUUUGUAUAUAUUAGCACAACUGUAGCAACAGCUCUAGGCCUGGGAUUUUCUUCCAGAUGGGUUAGUAUUUAUAAUAUUCCAUUAGUUAAUACAGCUGUAUAAUAGGAACUGGAAGCGUGAGGACCAGUAAUAUAUAAAGAUUAAACAGGAGUGCACCUUUCUUCCUGUCUAGCCACCACCUUGCUGGGAAAGGUGAGGCGUUUGUUACCUGAAGUAGUUAUUCUCCUGAGGUUCUUCCUGAGAGAACUAAUAUUUGAGUGCAGUGACAGUAGCUCCUCCAUAAUGUGAAUUCACCCCACCCGCACACACACGCCCCCACUGUGAAUAAAGAGUCUGUCUGUAUAUUGUUGAGAAAAUGUAUUUGAACUGUGAACUGCAAUGGAGCAAAUAAAUACUGUGUACAGCA